AUGUCAGUGCAUCGAGCAAUGGGGUCGUUGCCCCGAAUUAAUGUUCCCAUUGGACAUGUUCCGCAGAAACUGAAGACCGGUGGCAUCGAACCGAGCCGUCGAGCACGUCUCGAAGUUCUUCGUCGGAUUGUGACGAGAACGGUGCGCGAGGAACGUGUCGAACUCAAGUGGAAUCGCGCCGUCGAAGCGAGACCUUACCUGGAAAGAGUUAGUGAUUUUGCAACUUAUGCCCAGUUUUCAAUUCACUUUUUCAGUUAAUUCAAUUGGGCGUCGAACGAGGUCCUCUUGAUGAGUACACUGCAGAAAUGAUGGAAUGGUGGCUGCCGGAAAAAGAUUUGAUCACCAAAAUGCACGAGGUAAAAUCGUAGCGCCUUCUUUGUGAUUUCAUUUUAUUCAGGUGAUUGUUCCCAGAUUCACAGACCAUGUCUCCCCGUUUACCUCGCUCUUCCGUUUGCCUCCGCAACGUCUCCAACAGUUUAUUCAGAACAAACGCGAAGUUUGGAAGCGUUAUGAGAUUGGCGUGCUCGAAAUCGACGGAAAUCCAUUCCCUCCAGUGCAAGCGGAAUCUCCAGAACAAUCUGAUUCCAUUCUCGAUAUUCUACUUACUGACGCUCUUCGCAACCAUCAAAUAAGUCUGCAGGAGAAGCUCGACAACAUCAAAUCUCAGUAG